AUGUCAAAAGCUUUAUGUUGUUACGCAUUUGAAACGUUAUGUAAUAAAUUAAACGUUGAUCCCAGUCAAAAAAAGAUUCCGUUAUCCAAAUUUUACCAAAUUCUUAAAGAGAAUCCAAGUAAUUUUCCAACACUGGCACCAUUAUUUAUAACAUGGAAUAAAAAUCACAACUUAAGAGGGUGUAUCGGAACUUUCUCCAAAUUAUCUAUAGAUUCAGGAGUAUCAAGAUUUUCAUUGACUUCAGCAUUACAAGACCCAAGAUUCCCGCCAAUUAGUGUUAAUGAAAUUGAAGAUUUAGAAGUAUCGGUGACAUUAUUAGACAAUUUUAUUCCAAUUAAUAAUCCAACAGAAUGGGAAAUUGGAUUGAAUGGAUUAAAAGUUUCAUUCGAUAUUGAUGGUGGACACUAUUCUGGAACUUUCUUACCUAGUGUUGCCGAAGAAGAAGAGUGGGACAAAUUGACUACAUUGUAUUACUUACUAAAGAAGGCUGAUUAUCCUGUCUCUAAAGCAAAUACCCUUAAGUUUUAUGAGAAAGGUUUGAAUGAAGGUUGGUUGAAGUUGACGAAAUACGAUGGUUUAAAAAGUAAGUUGGAAUAUGAUGAAUACAUCAACAUUAGAAAUCAAAUUUAA